CGUCACCAAUCCUGACCGUCCACGUACGCACUGCCGCGAAAAUAAAUCUGGACGGUCCAAGUCGCCUUACGCAGAGUCAGACGUGGCGGCGGCGGCCGCGUUUUUUCCAAGUCCGACGAGGUCUCCAGGUGCUUCCAGGAAAUCCUCAACCAAUUCGGCUUUUUCCUUUCCCACUCUUGAUCACCAGUUUGUAUAAAUACAUACCCUUUUGCCUCAAUCUUCAAACACAAGAAGAAACAGCCGGUUCGAUCUUACUAAUCCGAUCAAGUAAAUCUCACCGAGCAAUCAAACAAAUCAAGAGAGAUGAUGAUGUCGAUCUUCAGCUCGUUCGACGCUCUGUCCGGGGAAUUCUUCGGGCAGAAGGUCAACAAGCUGCCGUCGGGUCUGUCCAGGCAAGCCAACAGCGGGGAUUCGGCGAAACUAGACGGCGGGAAAUCAUCAUCGUCACCGUCGCCGGCGGUGGAGAAGAAGAGACAGGAAGGCGAGGGUUCUCAUCAGGAGGGUGGGAAACGGCGUGCGGCGGGCGGUCCGAGGUUCGCCGUGGAGUUGGAUGGAGUUCACUGCUUCGAGACCCUUGUUCGUUACUGAUGAAUUGAUCCGUGUCAUAUGAGGAUGGAUUUUGGCGCGCUUUUUGUUGUUCUGUUUUAGUUCAUUGAUUCAUUCUUGUUUCCUUGGUGUUAGUGUGUUUAAGUGUAUAGGCUAAUCAUGUUCUUAGGGUCUACACAUUUUGAUCUGGAGUGUACUCCCUCAAUGUAAUACGAUCCAUCUCGAUGCACUCGGUUCGUUACUAAUCAAAAACUUUCGUCGUUGAUCAUUUCAUA